CUCUCUCUCUCUCUCUCUCUCUCUCUCUGUUUAGAAAUCUCUCUCUUUAGUCUUUACACCCUCAAGAGGAGCAGCAACAUUUGCCAGCACCCGACAUGGAAGUUGAAGUCGAGAUCCUUGAAGAAGCCAAAGAGAUGGGCUCACAGGAGCCUAAUCAAACAGUGAAAGCAAGAUCAAGAAGACCUCCACACAAUUACGUGGCCAUUGUGAAAGAUGCUGACGUGCCCAUUGAAACUUUCCCUCUCGACAAGCUCUGCGAUCAGCUCUACGACGGUGUGGUUCUGCAAAAGGGGAAGAGAAAGUACUGGGUUGACAGGGAUCUGAACAAGAAUUCCUUCAUGGUGUUUGCGAGGGAGCUUGAAAUUACAUGGGGCGACACCCCCGCGUAUUGGCAAUGGAGGACCGUCAAAGAGUCCGGUAAUGUGGAUGUUGAGAUAGCUGUACUGAGAAAUGUUUGCUGGCUGUUUAUCCUUGGGAAGUUCCGAACGGUCAUGCUCUCUCCGAAUACCUUGUAUGAAGUCACGUUGGUGGCAUUAAUGACUGAGUCAAGUCAGGGUUGGCGCGUUCCCGUGAAGUUAGGCAUUGUUUUACCGGAUGAGUCGAAGAUGGAACGCAUGGAGGAUUUGCAGAACAAGCCCCGAGGAAAGUGGAUAAACAUUUUGAUGGGCGAAUUCACGACGUCGUCCAAAAAUAUCGGAGAAAUCAGAUUUUCUAUAUCGGAAACCAGUUCUAUUUGGAAAAAUGGGCUAUUCGUCAAGGGUUUUGCUUUUCGACCCAAAAACUGAAGUUGGUAGGUGGGGCUUUGGCUAUCGGUUUCCUAUUUUGAACGGGGAAAAAAAACAUCCUUGAUUAAUGUGUUGUUGUCACAACUCAAGUAUGUUUGUGGGUACUGGUAAAUAUGUGCACAUUCUGGUUACUUGCUUAUGUUGUAACUGGUAAGGUAUGUUAUUUCUUCUUCUUCUUGAAUUUACCGUUAUCUCGAGAAUGAUUGCUUGAAACCUUUGAUUUAUUGAA